AGCUCGUUAAAUAAUAAUUUAAAUGAAGAAUACAAUCUUUGUAAAAUAUUAAAUACAAGAAAUAAUCGAUUAUUAGCAAAAUGUAAACAGGAUAAAGAUUGAAUUAUUGAAAAUUUUAAAGAAGUAAUGCCAAACAAUAAAGUGAAAAAAUAAAAAUAUAUAUCUAACAAUAAAAAAAAUACAAACCUUCAUCUACAAAUUCAUUAUAUAUUGAGGAAUACGGUAAGAUUAUUGAAAAAACUAUGUGUUAUAACUAAAACAAAAAAAUGUUACGAUUAUGAAAAAAAAAUAUUUAAAGAACUUGAUUAUGAGGAUUACGUUAAAAACGUGAACAUAAUUGAUGAUAAAAAAUAUAAAAAAGUAGUACGUAGAAAACAUAGAAUAAAAAUUGCUUUACUUUUGUUAUUUUCCUUUGUACUGAUACCACCCAUGUUAGAUCUUUCAUUAGAGAAAAUUGCAGAGGGUGAGUUUUUGGGUCUAUUAAACUUAUUAUAUUCAACUUCAUCUGGUGAACAUAUAUUUGUGUGUGGGGUAGAGGGGCUUCUGAUGAUAUUGAUAAACAUAAGUGGAUGUAAUUAAGAAAAAAUACAUAAAUCAUUUAUUUUCUUUUAUAGCGUAACUUUUCUUAUAUUUGUUGUCAUAUUUAUAAUCGUGAUUGUUUAUUAUUAUAAAAAAGUUAUAAAAUAUGAAAAUAUUAAGUUCAGAAAUAAUUAA